AGAAGAGCUGAAAGGGGAAGAGGCGAUCACGACUCUCACGACCACGACGACGCGGCACACUCCUCGCUGCACACUCAGGGCAGGAACAUUGGCUUGCGGCUCCACUCCUCAACCCAACGCGGCAGCAGGCCCCCUCAUCAGCCCCGCCCGCCGGCGAGCCUCUCCCGUCGCCUCGAGACGCCGGCCCCUGAACGCCCAAGUGCGUCGCCGAUCUCGCGCAGAGGGGCACGUCGUGCUCGCCGACCAUCGAACUCGCCGAGGUCAUCUCUCGCCGCUUCUCUACGCACCACCGUGACCUCGGCCCCUCGUGACGCCGCCACGAUGAGCAACGCGACGAGCAUGACGCUCUACGAGCCGUGUCCGCCCGGACUCGGCGGCAGUGACUGCGCGCAGGCGACGUGCGCCUCGCCGUUCACCGCGCCCGCCUCGCGCCCGGCCUCAGCCACCGCCUGCAGCACCUGUGACUCGGGCUUCAGGGGCCUCAACUGCAACGUCUGCAGCGGCAGAGGCUCGUGCGCUGCGAUCCAGACUCAAAAGGGCGUUCAAAUGGGAACUGGCGCCAGCACGCUCACGUGCGACACGCAGCCCGACUCUGCGGCGGUCGGCGUCAAGUACGGCGAAUGCAAGGUGUCGUCGCCGACGUUCUCGGCACUCUUUGCCGGCGACAUGCGCCUCACCAUGACCAAGGUGGCGCCCAGCGGCGCCGGCGAGAUGGGCGCGCUGGGCCUCGGCACCUGGCCUGCGCAGGCCGGCACGACGCUCACGCAGCUGUGGCUCGACGGCAUCGAGCAGUUCUACUGCCAGGCCAGCGGCUGCGUCAACUCGAACGUCACCGAGUCGGUCGCCAGCACUGCCAAGUUCGGCACGUCGGACUGGGCGUGCUCGAAUCUCCAGUGCCACUGCAUCUCCAGCUCCAAGAUCUGCAGUCCCGACGCGCCGUUCGGCAUCGGCAAGAUCAUCGCCGGGCAGAACGGCUCGCUCUCGAUGCCGUGCGACUACGCGGAUCCCAACGACGAGAACGCGACCACGCAGUGUGCCUUCAAGAGCCAGGUCAUCACCAGCACGCUGGGCGAGGGCGGCUUGUCCCUCACCGAAUGCUCCUUCGGCAGCUGUCUCUCGCAGCAGAGCAUUCAGAACGCGUGGUACGACGCCGCUCAGGCCGAUCCGGCCAAGAGCGGCGGCGUCAACCUGUCGGGAGGAGUGAUCGGAGGUUUGGCGGUGCUUGGCGUGUUCCUGGCGGGCAUUGCGGCCUUCGUCGUCUAUGGCAUCAUGGCGCGCCGUCGUGCCGCAGCGCGCCUGCGCAAGCCCCGCCCCGAGGCGUUUGGCCUCCGCUGGGAUUCCCUGCACUUCCAGCUGCCCAAUGGCAGCGCCCUGCAGCGCUUCACGGGCGUCGGCGCCGCCGUCGUGCGCAAGCGCAAGGCCUACGACGAGGAGCACGAGAUGUCGCAGAUCGCACGCGACAAGGGCCGCCGCAGCGGCCACAUCCUGCGCGGUGUCUCGGGCGAGGCGCCGCCCGGCGGGCUCACGGCCAUCAUGGGCGCCUCCGGCGCGGGCAAGACCACCCUCGUCGAGAUCCUCUCGGGCAAGAACAAGCGCGGCACGGCCACUGGCGGCCUGGCGUAUGUCUCCGGCGACGGCACGGUGCUGCCCAGUGCGCCGCCGAGCGACUGCCGCGUGCUGUGCUUUGUCGACCAAGAGGACCACCUGCCGCCGCACUCGACGGUCCGCGAGGCGCUUUCCUUUGCCGCCGAGCUCGCCAACCCGGAGAACGUGACGGCUGCUGAGCGCGCCCAGAUCGUCGACGACACGAUCGCCACGCUCGGCCUCGGUGCCGUCGCCGGCGCCCUCAUCGGCGACCGCAAGCGUCGCGGCCUCAGUGGCGGCGAGAAGCGCCGUGUCAGCAUCGGCAUCGCUGCUGUGGCACGUCCGUCGAUUCUCGUGCUCGACGAGCCGCUCAGCGGCCUCGACUCGCUCGCAGCCAUGCAGGUCAUGCAGGCGCUGCGUGCCAUGGCAUCGGGUCCGCGCUCCGGCACGACGGUCAUCAUGACGCUGCACCAGCCGUCGUUCGAGAUCUUCGAGAUGCCGAACAAGAUCAUGGUCAUGGCGCACGGCGAGACCGUCUUCGACGCCGCUCCGUUCACCGCGCUCACCUGGUGCCGUCGCCGCAACGCGAACAUCUCGAUGGGCCAGAAUGUCGCCGACGUGCUAAUCAAGAUCUGCUCGGAGGGUGCUCCUUCCACGGGCUCGGCGUCGAACUCCAUCUCCGAGACCCAGCAGGCGACGGGCGUCGCCUCCAGCGUCGAGGGCAGCGAGAAGGACGAGUGGCGCCAGCGCGUCGGCACGGCUCCGGACGUCAAGACACCCGGCAGUCCCGGCGCCUAUGCCGUCAACAUGCCCAUCGUCGGCCCUCGCGGGCCGCUCGUCGCAAGCCACGGCGCCACGCCGACGACACUGGCGACGCAGAUGCGCGCCCUCGUCGCCAGACAGGUCAAGACGGCCAAGCGCGACCCUACCGGGCCGCUCGCGCACAUCCUCGGCAGUGUUGCCAUCGGGCUGUUCGUGGGCGGAGCGUUCUUCCAGAUCGACCUCACGAUAGCCGGCUUCCAGAACCGCAUCGGAUCGCUGUUCUUCGUCUACAUCCUCAUGACCUUUGCCUCGCUCUCUGCGACCGUGGGCAUCGACCGAGCACGGCCGCUGAUGGAACGCGAGCGCGCCGCGGGUCAUUACCACUCCAUGGCCUGGCUGGCCACGUAUUUGGCCUACGAUCUGCUGCUGCUGCGCGCUAUCCCGGCGGUUCUGCUCGCGACAAUCGUCUACUGGAUGGUCGGCCUGCAUCCAUCAGCGCAGAACUUCUUCCAGUAUUUGCUCGUCUCCGUGGUCUACGCCGCCGUCGCGGGCGUGUUCUCGGCGCUGCUCGGCGUGAUCGCCGCCGACCUGUCCGUUGCGGUGCUCCUCGCCGGUCUGAACAUCUUGUUCAACAUCGCAUUUGGCGGCUUCCUGCUCUCGCUCGACCACCUGCCGUCAGUUCUGAGAUGGAUCCGCUGGUUGUGCCCGCUCAAGUAUGCCCUCGAGGCUGUCGGGUCAAACGAGCUCGUGGGCCUGGAGCUCGUCGACAACCUUGCCGGCGUGCCGAUCCGCACGCCCGUGUCCCUCUUCGCAGGCGGUCUCUUCGGCUUCCAGGACGGCUCCUACUAUCGCGAUCUGCUUGUGCUGGCGCUGCCCUUCCUCGUUGGCUUCAUUGUGCUCCUUGCUCUUGCCACGCAGACGCUGAUGCGCGAGCGCUGCUGAGUUGCACAUAGCUACAUCUCUCUCUCGCGCUCUCUCUCUGUUCCUGUCGUGUUACCCUUCCCAUCGUGUCACCUGCCUUGGCUUUCUUUACCUUAUGCCCGCCCUACCAACGCUUUUGGUGUCGGACAGCGCCGCCGCGCGUCUCUUCAUCACACCACGCUGCCAUUUCAGACUAUUUGUUCUUGUAGAAGACCUCGUCACAAUCUCUUUAUUGCUCCU